ACCCCUCUCGUUCUUCCCUUUUCUCUCUUCACAUAUUUGUCUUUAUCAUUAGUUUUCUAACUUUUUUCUAACAUACAUUGUAAUAAAUCACAAAAAUGGGCUCGAGUAAGCUCAAACGAGCCAUAGGAGCCGUGAAGGACCAAACCAGCGUCGGUCUAGCCAAAGUCAACGGUCGUAGCGCUUCUUUAUCAGAGCUUGACGUAGCCAUCGUGAAAGCGACUCGUCACGAAGAGUAUCCAGCGGAAGAGAAAUACAUAAGAGAGAUUCUCAGCCUAACUUCUUACUCACGCAACUACAUCAACGCAUGCGUCAACACGCUUUCUAGACGCCUUAACAAAACCAAAUGCUGGACCGUCGCUCUCAAGACCUUGAUCCUGAUCCAACGUCUCUUAGCAGAAGGAGACAAAGCCUACGAGCAAGAGAUCUUUUUCGCUACUCGCCGUGGGACAAGACUUCUCAACAUGUCUGACUUUAGAGAUGUUUCUAGGUCCAACUCGUGGGAUUACUCUGCUUUUGUAAGGACUUACGCUUUGUACCUCGAUGAAAGGCUUGAUUACAGGAUGCAAACGAGACAUGGGAAACGAGGAGUGUAUAGCGUUGGAGGAGAUGCCGUGGAAGACAAGAAAGACAACCCCGAGGCUAAUCUCUCCACGGCUAUAGUGGUCAGGUCACAGCCCAUCGCAGAGAUGAAAACAGAGCAAAUUUUCACCAGAAUACAACAUUUGCAGCAACUUCUCGACCGUUUCUUGGCUUGUCGUCCGACAGGGAGCGCGAGGAACAACAGAGUUGUGAUUGUGGCUCUGUAUCCGAUAGCGAAGGAGAGUUUUAAAAUAUAUUAUGACGUAACUGAGAUAAUGGGCGUUUUGAUCGAACGAUUCAUGGAGUUAGACAUACCUGAUUCGAUCAAGGUCUAUGACAUUUUCUGUCGGGUCUCGAAACAGUUUGACGAGCUAGAUCAGUUUUAUUCUUGGUGUAAGAACAUGGGGAUCGCUAGGUCUUCAGAGUAUCCAGAGAUAGAGAAGAUCACACAGAAGAAGCUUGAUCUCAUGGAUGAGUUUAUAAGAGACAAGUCCUCUUUAGAAGAGACGAAGCAAUCAAACUCUGUUGAAGCCGAUGAAGAGGAUGAUGAUGCGAGAACAGAGGAAGUGAAUGAGGAGCAAGAAGAUAUGAAUGCGAUCAAGGCCUUACCAGCACCUCCACCAAAAGAAGAGAAGCGUGAGGAAGAAGCAAAGGAAGAAGAAGUGGUAACAGAGGAAAAGAAAGAAGAAGAAGUUGGUGAUUUGGUGGAUCUUGGGGAUAAUGUGGUAGCUGGGGGAGCUGGAGGAGAUAGCUUAGCAUUGGCUUUAUUCGACGGCCCUUACGCGAGCGGUUCCGGUUCAGCGUCAGGUCCUGGAUGGGAAGCGUUUGACGAUGAUUCAGCGGACUGGGAGACAGCUUUGGUGCAAUCAGCUACAAACUUAUCGGGACAAAAGACGGAGCUCGGAGGAGGCUUUGAUAUGCUGUUGCUUAACGGAAUGUAUCAGCACGGUACUGUGAACGCCGCAGUGCAAAACUCAACGGCUUAUGGAGCCAGUGGAAGCGCAAGUAGUAUGGCGUUUGGUUCUGCAGGAAGACCAGCAGCAACGAUGCUGGCACUUCCGGCACCAGCAACGAUUAAUGGAAGCAGCAAUGGUCCGGUUACGAUGGAUCCAUUUGCAGCGUCGUUGGUGGUUGCGCCGCCACAUUAUGUGCAGAUGAAUGAUAUGGAGAAGAAACAGAGAAUGUUGAUGGAAGAACAGAUGAUGUGGGACCAAUACUCGAGAGGAGGUAGACAAGGACACACUAAUUUAAGGCCAAACCAAAACCAACCUAGUUACCCUCACACACCUCAGUACUGA